AUGGCCCCGAGAGGAGGUAGACAUCGCGGUGGACGCGGACAACCCCAAACGAGCCCUCGUGGUGCUGCUGCUGGUGGAUCGCCUUAUCGCGGCGGCGGCAAGGGAAGAGGAAACAUGCCAGUACCAGGAUCGAGUUUCGUUGAAGAAGAGCUGGCUUUCACUGCUAGGAUGAUGAGUCAAGAUGGACCGCAAAAUAGAGGAACACCUACUAGAGGCGGACGUGGAGGAGGAGGAGGAAGAGGGACUCCACAGCGGUCUGGGGCGAAUACGCUCCGUGGUCGUGGUGGGACGAAUACACCCCGUGGCCGUGGUGGGGCGAAUACACCCCGCAAUGGUCGUGGUACUCCCAACCCCACCCGAGGACGAGGCUUUGGCAUUGGCACUUCACCACGCGGAGAUGCCAAAACUCCAAAUAACUAUUACGACCCAAGUCCCAACGGAAACUACAAGAACACUAACAACACACUCUCAACCCUCUUAUACGCCUCCAGACCCCUCCUCCGUCCCGUCAUCUUCGUACCCUCCGUACUAACGAAGAUAUUGUUUGAGGAGGAAGCAGGCGAGGAGCUGUUGAAGGCUGCCGUUCAGCCUGAUGAGGACAGAGAUACACAACAAAAUAACGCACCAACAGCAGAUAAAGUGUUUCGUGUAUUCAGCGGGGCGAACUUUCCCCCUCCUCCUCCCUCGUCUUCUGGAGAGGAGGAAGACGAAGGAAGAGAGGAUGAUAUUGAAGAAGUCGAUUUUAAGGAUAUGGGCAAACUCUUAGAGUCGCUUGUCGUCGCUACCACCACCACCACUUCAUCCCAACCCUCCAACUACUCCUCCUCGCGUGUGAAUGAAAAACAGGAGGUGUUUACGGGGCGCUUUACCAACACCAACACCCACGCACCGCAGAAUCUUGACAAUGGAGGUGGGGACAAGGAAACGGUGCUAGAAAUCGACUUUACCGAAUUGGACAAGUUGACGUUGGUAGAGGGGGGUAUGGGUACUCCGUCAAAUUUGGACGUGCUUGGUCGGGAGAACGGGUUGAUUGUGGAUUCGAUGCGGGAGUCUGACAUGGAUAUGAAUGACGUGGUUACCCAGAGCAGCGAGGGCGUCACCAUCCAGGACGAGAGCACCGUCAUUCAAGAAGAAAACACGGUUUCUGCGCAAAACGAUGCUGUUUCAAAUUAUGGCUCCAUGCACGUUGAUGAAUCGGUUGAUGCGGGGUCCUUGAGCACCAGAUUCACGGGUGGAAGCACCACUGUCUCUUCCAGUACGGUCUGUUCGAAUGAACACACCACGGCGUUCUUGAGCGAAAGCACAAAGAGGGAAAGGAGCAUUGCUACGGUUGAAGCAUGUGUCGCGGUCGAAGAGCAACUGGAACCCGUGGCGAAACCUUCCGUAGAUCAAGGAAGCGUAUUUGCAGAGGACUCAAAUGUCCUUCACGCACACAUCGUCGCGGACACAUCCAUCGAAGUGGAAUCGACGACGACGGAAAUUCUUGACGUGCAGAUAACACCAAACUUGAUAAGUACUAUGGAUGUGGAUACUACAACUACCACGCCAAGGCCACCUCCAGCAGAACCCGGUCAGAACAUAUUCUUCGUCGACGUCGUUCCUGAACCUGUGGCUGGGAGUGAACUCCCAGCACAGCCCCUAUCCAUACCAGAUGACGAUGACUCGGACGAGAUUAUCGUCUACGUGGCUCCCCAUCCGCGGGUGAAACUUACUACGCACACACAAAAGGCGCAAGAGGAAGAAAAAGAAAAAGACACAUCGCGGUUUGAGCCGUACGUUGGACUCUCUCAAACGACCAUUAUAAACGAGUCCUCUUUCCCAUUGGCGUCUACGUCCUCCUCUUCCUCCUCCACAACCCAACCACAACCACAACCACAACCACAAACUCCCAACAAAGCCAAAAAUAAAGCAACCACAGAGAGACUACGCGUCCCACCCGUCACCACACCCCGCCAAGCAAAAGCGUUCAAAGCAAAGGAGAGGAAAAGACUCAAAAAGCGCGCUGGUGGUGGUGGUGGUGGUGGGUUCAGUGUAUACGGAGCUAUGAUGUCCGAGGCGCAGCUUUUCAUUGGAAGCGGAAAGGACAUGAAGAAGGCUUCGAGGCGGAGGGGUGAUUCGGAUUUGGAUUGGGGGGAUACUAGUGGUGAUGAUGAUGCGGGAGAGGAGGAGGAGUUUAUGUCGUUUGCGGAUGUUCAGAAGCCUACAGGGAAGGGGAAGGGGAAGCAGCGGGCGGAGGAGGAGGAGGGAGGUGCUGAGGGGAUGGAGGUUGAUGAUUUGGAUGUGGACGCUAUGAAACGUUUUGUUGGUGGGCUGUUGGGGAAAGACGCGGGGAGGUUCGUUACGGCGGAUGAUAUUCGGGAUGAGGAGAGGAUGAGGGAUGAGGAUGAGGAUGAGGAGCUUCGUAGUUUGGGUAGUGGGAGUAGCGAAGAUGACGAGGAAGUGGAAGAGAUGUUUAAUGUUGAAGAGGGGAUGUUGAUCUCUGAGGGUGCUGCCGCUGCUCUGGGAGAAGAUGCUAGUGAUGAAGAUGACAGUGAUGAUGAGGACGAGGACGAAGAACAAACACCACGGACGAGUUUCCAAGCUCGACUUGAGCGGUUGAGGGAAAGGGCGAGGGGGAAGAGGCCGGCUGAUGCGUCUUUUGAUGAUAGGAGUGAUGAUGAUGAAGAUGUGUUGGAUCGGAAUAUGACGUGGGCGGAGGAGGAUGAUGAUUUUAUUGAGGAGAUUCAGAACAUUCUCGAUAAGAAUGAAGAUAUUUUACAAGGCAGGAAUAGGAAGGAGAGGAGGAAGCUGUUUACAGCCAUUCGAGAUGGCACCUUUGACUAUGAUGACGAUCUUGAGGGGUUCAGUCCAGCUAAACGAAAGAAAGAUAAACGCAACAGCCUCCCAACAGCUCUCCAAGCCCAAUGGGACAAAGACCGGCAAAGGAAAGCAGAACGCAAAGAAGCGCGAGCACUCGAACGGCUCCUGCAAGCCUCCGACCCCCUUUCCCAAAAGAAAGGCGGCAAGAAAGGUCGUAAAGCUAUGAGACUCGCCGCAGGGCUCGAUCCUACGAUCAACGUCCUCCCGAAUAGGAUCAUCGACAUGACGACGCUCGUCCAGCAGAUCCGGAGGUUCGUUGCUGAUAUUGGGGGCCGUGAUUCGAUGAGCCUGCCGCCUACGAACAAGGAGACGAGGAAGAAUGUGCAUGAGUUGGCGCUGGCUUUCAAUUUGAAGAGUUUGAGUAAGGGGAAAGGAGAUUCGAGGUAUAUAACGUUGACGAAGACGAGUCGGACGGGGUGGGGCGUUGAUGAGAAGAAGGUUGGGAGAAUUGUGAGGAGGGCUGGGGGGGCUGGGGGGGAUAGAGGUGGUGGAGAGUUUGUUUAUGGAGGAGGGAGGGGUGGUGGUGCUGGGAAAGUGCCAAAGCACAAGGAGGGAGAUGAGGUUGGUAAGGCUGCCCCCAAGAUCAGCGAGGCGAACAUUGGGUUCCGGAUGCUGGCUAUGAUGGGCUGGUCGGAGGGGGAUCGGAUUGGUGUUUCGGGCGGUUUGGACGCGCCUUUGACUGCCAUUAUCAAGACUACAAAGUUGGGCUUGGGUGCUACCAAGUGA